AAAUCUACUAUCUUAGAAUCUUCCACGAUCCGCACACGACGCACGUGGCCGUAGUGUCUUCACGACGUUCAAGAGUCAAGACACAGACUCUACUUGUCUACUACUCUAUAUAGUACAGUAGUAAUGUGUGCGCUCGUGCAGCUAUUAGGUGUCGUGGUUUCUGUCUAUUUAGUCGUAGAGUUUUAGUGCUCUAGUGUCUCGUCUCUGGAAUCUGCUGCCUGGUAAAUUAUUAGUACUUUAGUGAAUAGUAAGUCAGUAAUCGGUGCUGCGGAGCCCAGUCAUUUGUCAGUCAACCAAUCUAGUCGUUUGUGUUCUAACUUCUAAUUCCCAUUUUGGAAUAAAUACCGUUUGAUCGACCACAAAGUUUGGCAUUAAUCUAACUGUUGUUCACUCAGCCAGCUGUUGCCGACGCAAAGAUGACGGAGGAGUACAUCAAAACUGUUUCGGUCCACAUGGACAAUUUGAAUGCGCAUCCUCAUUGCUCUCACGGACCAACGCUGUUGUUUUCUCGAGGAUCCGACAAUAAAAAGUUUUACUCUUGCUCGGCACAUAGAGAUAAAAAAAAAUGUUCUUUUUUUGUUUGGGAAAAUCAAAUUGAAUCAAUUGGACAACAAUUCAUGGAACAAUAUGAAAGAGAUCUCAUUGUUACAAAAAUGAUGAGAUAUAAAUUACAAUCCAGAUACGAUCACGUGAAAAAUUUAAACCCAGAAGAAAGAUGUUUCUGUCAGAAAUGUGGUGAAUUAUUUUCUAAGACUGAACAGGAUUUGCAUUCAGACCAUUGUGAAAUGCUAGUAGAAAAUAUAAAUGACUUAAAAUUAUCUCACCCUUCACAGUUGUUUAGACCACUUCAAGAAUCUAAAAGCGAAUCUCAAUAUUUUUUUACCGAAAACACAAUUGAAAUGUUGAUAAAAAUGUUUCGCUCAGUUGGUACAACUAAUGUUAUUUGUAUCGGUGCUCCUACUAUACAUGAAAGGAUAUUAUGCGACGUACCUGAAAUGAAGAGUUUUUUACUUGACAUUGAUCAUAGAUAUCUGCAAUUUUAUGAAAGUGACCAUUUCAGAUGGUUUAACAUGUAUAACUGCCAUAUACUUGAGGAAUGUGACACGGAGUUUGUAUUGGAAGAUAUUUUGACCAAAGGAGAUUCUACAGCCGUAUUUAUUGACCCACCAUUUGGUGGCAGACUUGAGCCAUUAGCAUACACACUAGAAAAAUUUGAUGAAAUUAGGAAAAAAAACAACAAAAGCAUAUUAUCAAAGUUUCUGGUAUUGCCUUAUUUUAUGGAACGAUUUGUGGUCACCUGCUUACCUGGGAGGAAUAAAGGGUCUCCAAUUCGAAUAUUUACAAAUGUAGAUCAAUGCAAGAUAUCUUUACCGGUAGAAGAAAAUUAUAGAUUUUGUGAUGAAUGUAAUCGAUGGGUUUGCUCAGAAAAUGUACAUUGCUACAAGUGCAAUAGUUGUACAUCAAAGAAUGGUCGUGCAUACAUACACUGUAAUUUGUGUAAGAGAUGUGUGAAAAGAACAUGGAAACAUUGCAAAGAAUGUAACAAAUGCUGUUUAAUAGAACACAGUUGUAUGAGAUUUCAAACUCAAGGAAGAAUAAAGGACAGACCACGUAAAAAACAUACAUUGUCAAAGGCAUAAAUAUGAAUAAUAUUCAAUAUAAAAAUGUUUUAUGGAUUAAAUUAUAAGAAAAUAUAUCAUAUACAAAUUAUA